AUGGAAGAUCCUAAGAGGAUAGAAGAAGGGUUUGGUUAUGCACCAAUUGUUAAGGAAGAAAACACUGCUGAUAACCAUGGCAAGAAAGAGGGACGCGACGACGUCGUAGAACGACGCGCCGUCGACAAGGAGGAGGAAAGAAUGGAACCAAAGGAGGAGCAACCACCGAUAAAGCAGAAGAGCAAGAGGGUUGCAACUUUAGAUGCGUUUCGAGGCCUAACCAUAGUGCUGAUGAUAUUGGUAGAUGAUGCCGGAGGAUCAUUUCCACGCAUAGAUCACUCACCAUGGAAUGGUUGCACGUUGGCUGACUUUGUGAUGCCAUUUUUCCUCUUCAUUGUUGGUGUCGCAAUCGCUCUCGCCCUCAAGAGAAUUCUAAAAGUUGAGUCCGCAAUCAAAAAGAUAAUAUUAAGGACAUUGAAGCUCUUAUUUUGGGGACUUAUUUUGCAAGGAGGAUACUCUCAUGCACCAGAUGAUCUGUCUUAUGGAGUUGACAUGAAGAAAAUCCGAUGGUUUGGAAUCCUCCAGAGAAUAGCUCUGGUAUACUUUGUGGUAGCUUUCAUAGAGACCCUAACUACCAAGCUUCGACCGACUGUCCUAAAUCCUGGUCAUUUCUCCAUUUUCACUGCAUACAAAUGGCAAUGGCUUGGUGGAUUUGCUGCGUUCCUAAUCUACAUGAUCACAACAUUCUCUCUAUACGUUCCAGAUUGGAGUUUCGUGGCACACCAUGAGAGAUACAUUGUAAAAUGUGGGAUGAGAGGACAUUUAGGACCCGCAUGUAAUGCUGUUGGUUAUGUGGAUCGACAGGUUUGGGGCGUCAAUCAUCUCUACUCAUCUCCUGUCUGGUCACGCUUGAAGGCUUGUACACUUAGUUCUCCAAGUUCUGGUCCACUUCGUCCAGACGCCCCUAGUUGGUGUCAUGGUCCAUUUGAACCCGAAGGCUUGUUGAGUACAAUUUCAGCUAUCCUCUCCGGCACCAUUGGUAUACAUUAUGGGCAUGUCUUGAUUCAUUUCAAGGGCCAUGCUGAGAGGCUCAAGCAAUGGAUCUCAAUGGGGCUUGGUUUGCUUAUCCUGGCCAUCAUUCUUCAUUUUACAGAUGCUAUUCCCAUCAACAAACAGCUCUACAGCUUCAGCUAUGUUUGUUUCACAGCCGGUGCAGCUGGAAUUGUGUUUUCGGUUUUUUACAUACUGAUCGAUGUUUGGGGACUACGUACUCCAUUCUUGUUCCUUGAAUGGAUAGGAAUGAACGCAAUGCUGGUGUUUGUAAUGGCAGCACAAGGUAUAUUUGCAGCAUUCAUAAAUGGAUGGUACUACAAGAGGGAGGAUAAUAAUCUUGUCAAUUGGAUACAAAAACACGUCUUUAUCGAUGUUUGGCACUCUAAUAGGGUAGGUACACUACUGUAUGUGAUAUUUGCCGAAAUCACCUUCUGGGGAGUAGUUUCCGGUAUCUUGCACAAAUUGGGUAUAUACUGGAAGCUAUAAGAAGGAAAAUUUUCAGCCAGCAAGGUGACCGGAAGACUAGGCAAAUACUUGUACUCGUAAGAGUCAAAUAUAUAAAUUAAAUCUCCCAAGUUUUCUUGU